UACAGUAACUUUUAUUCUUUUAACUUAGGAUUUUAUAUUUUCGUUUUAUAUUAGCAACUUGCAGUGCCUGUGUGGAUGGUUUUGGCAGAUUUUAGUUAAGUAUUAUUUUUUCAUUUGGAUCUCGCUGUGCAUGGGGUAGGUAGAUAUAAGUUUUAUUUAUUUAUUUAUUUAUUCAUUUAUUUCAACACCAUAUACAUAUGACCUUUAAAAGGCACCCUAUAGAGGCAAACGCAGUUGCCUGUACAUAGGGAUGGCAUAAUCACUAAUAUUAAUAUACUUAAAACUACCAUAUAGAGCCAAGAUAACGCAUUUAACGCUAUCAUGUCCUUUUUCCUUUUCAGUUUAUGGGAUAUAUUAAUAUUUACGUAUGAUCUUCAAAUCUUGGGUAACUAGAUUUGGUGCUUAGGGUUCUUGUUUUUUAGUUUUAGUUUGACAUUUUCUUAUUUAUCGGUGCAGCCACCGGUAAUUCGAACAUUUUCGAAUUGAUGCAGGGUCGCCCGAUGGCUGACUUCAGGGGACAAAGCAGAUCGCUUUUAGACUUUUACCGCGUUGCCCCCUGAAGUUGGCUUUUGAGCAACCCUCCGAAGUCCGAAUUAUUAUUGUUCUGUGCAGAACAAGAAUACACGGCACAACGCAACGGAACUCACAGAAUAAGGGAACGGAACGCAUUGUAGAUAGGCUCCAGCACUGGAAUCUGGAUGGCAUAAGUACGGCAAAUCACUUGUUGAUGCGAAGAGGUCGAUUCUUUUUUUCCCCGAAACGUCAGUGCACAUACAAAAAGUUAGGUUAAAGACCGGUGUACGAGAAAUAACGUUUCAAUGCGGCGAAGAACAUAACGCAGGAGAACUGGGAGUUCAAUACAAUCUUUUCGAGAAGAUUGACUUGCAGAAUGUAGAGUGUCUGAACGAGCUGGUGGAAGGAUCUGGAGCCAAGAUUUUCAAAUCGUGGGAGGAUCGCUUGGAUCAUACAAAGUUUGUGGAAAGCGAUGUGGAUGAGGAACUACUCUUCAAUAUCCCCUUUACCGGUGAUAUCAAGCUCAAAGGUCUGAUUAUUGUCGGAGGACCAGAUGAUUCUCAUCCAUCAGAAGUAAAACUCUAUAAAAACAGGGAGGGAAUGACAUUCGACGAAGCUGGAAGUGAACCUGAUCAGAAAUUUGAGUUGAUAAUGGACCAAUACGGUGUUCACGAGUAUCCAAUAAAAGUGGCCAAAUUUUCCUCAGUGCAUCAUCUCACACUGCACUUUACUGGUAACCGUGGAGCUGAGAGAACAAGGAUCGACUAUAUUGGCUUGAAAGGAGAGUGGACUCCUGGCCAUCGUCAUGGAGUCACUAUCUGCACAUACGAGGCUCUACCGCAACACAAAGAUCAUGUUAGUUCUGAAAACUUUGAUGACUUUUCGCGCGCAGUUUCAUAGUUUUGAAAAUUAAUCUUUUCAAUCGUUCAAAAGUGGUAAAAGACUGAAUCUUGCAUCCACCACUCUAAUUUUUUGCCGAUAUUUCAAUUUCUAAUCCUGCAUGACUGUCUCUCAUGAAUCAUUCUUUAAAAAGUCUGCUAACGAAAAGAUAUUAUAGUGAUUGAUAUUUAUUUGAAUUUAAUUUUGAUUUAUGAUUAAUUUAUACUGAUGAUUCUAUUAAUGGUCGGAAUUAUCAAAGUGAUACAAAGCACACAUAGGAAUUACUUACUGUUACUAUUCGUUUACUUAAACUUUGCAUAAUUUUGUAUAAAAAAAAAAAAAAUAACGUAUAAGCGCAUAAAAAAUUGUAGCUCGAGAACUUUCAAAACGAAGAGUACAACUUGAUUUCUAUCACAGAUAGACAUGUGUAUAACAUUGCACCGUUUGCGAAUCGAAUGGAUCUCAAGAUAACAAAUAAAAGGAGAAAAAAAUGAAAAGCAAAGCCAAACUAUCUAGUUCGAGGAAGAAAAAAAUCCAGCCUCCCUAUUUAUAACGCGACCAAAAAUCCGCACAAAGCCUUUCUCUUUUUUCUCCGUUCUUUCUUCCUCCGUUCGUUCGCCCCGCCAUAUGCGUAGCUUUAUUUUCAGCGGCGACUGCGACAAGUGCAGCACGCGUCGCUUACAUUGCACUACUGCGACUGCUCUUUCGAGCAUAUACACUCGCUCGAACCGUUUAGUACAAGCAUACGCAAGUCCAUACGAUCGGGGGAGAAGCAGCGUGAGCAGCUCUGCACACGCAUUUCGGAUUUUCGCGCAGUCGGUAGCGCGCGAUCGACAACAAAGGAGCGGCGCAUCGCGGCUCGCGCGUGUGUACAUACACAAUAUACAUUGUGCCAUACAUACAUUGUGCGGUUAAUAAAUUUCCUCGCGAGCGGGCGAGAGCGAUGUUUUGUUUACGCGGUUUGGCACGCGGCUGCUCGCCGUUUAUCGUCGACGAUUCCACGAGCCAGCCGGACUUUCAUUAAAACGCCGAGAGUGCCAUCGACGGAGAUUGACCACACACGCGGAGAAACUUUGUUUUUAUUAUCAUUACGCCGUACACGCGUGUCGCAAGACGGUCAGCUUGAAUUGUAAGCAGGAGAGGAGAACCGAAGUUGCGCAGUACAGCACAAGGAGAAGAAGAAGCAGCAGCAGCAGCAGCAGCAGCAGUGAAUUAUUUAUGAAGAUCGGGUCAGAAGAGGAAUAAGCGCACGCAGCUCUGGAAACGUCUACAGUCCCUCGAGCAAACAGUGAGUAGUGUUUUCCAAUUUCAGCUAUAAGUAUCUCGAGACUAAAAUCUUGGCCUCAGCUCGCGUAUUAAGAUGCCGGGCGCGUCGAAGGGCUGCCGGCACGAGCUGCAUCAUCAGCGCUACCCACUCCACUCGUCGCUGAGAAGAUAGUACACAGCAGCGACCGCGGCAGCGUCAGUCGAGCCAGGAAAGCCGCGCCGCGACCAUCUCGUGCGCUGCGCUCGUGCUCCUAUACGCACACGCAGACAGACACACGGCUAGCACGUGCGUGUGCUCGAGUGGCUUUUCCGCCCCCCUACUCUCUCCCCGAGCGAGUGAUUACGCGCCGGUUUAAUACUAAUAGCGGCCGAAAGCUGCCAGUCGGUCUUCGGCUCGCGUGCCGGCUUAUCGAGGAGAGCUACACUCGGAGCUUUUCGGUUGGAAAAUUUUGGUAUGCCGCCGUUUCGUAAGACCAGAUAAGGGACGCAAAGAAGAGGAAGAGGAAGAGCUAUCAUCGAUGCGGAGGACGAUUGCAGCUGUCGAUGGCGAUGAGAUCGGCAGAGCUCGCACGUGCAGACGUUGUUGACAAGUCAAUUAAUUCGAAAUACGCGAGUAAACAGGGCAAGGAUCGAUUCGUCUGGAUGAUUUAACGAAAGUGCCUUACAUUUCGUACUCUCUCACUCUCUUUCUCCUACUGCCGUGCCACUGAAGAUUUAUUAUAACAGAGAAGAAGAAGAAGAAGAAGAAGAAGUGGAAUUCAAUACUGAAUUGGAUUUUUUAAUAGAGCAAGCUUUCCCGCGCAAAAUGACGCACAUACCGGAGAAGAACGGCAAGUCCGUGGUUAAGCACAACGGCGAGAAGAAUGGAAAGGCCACGCAGGAGGAGGUCGUGCAGCCGCCCCCGCCUGACGGCGGAUGGGGAUGGGUCGUCGUCUUCGCUUCAUUCAUGGUUCACGUAAUCACCGACGGAGUGACUUAUUCCUACGGAAUCUUCCACGCCGAUUUCCUGCUCUACUUCGGAGCCUCGGAUCAGGCUGUCUCAUGGAUCACUUCGCUCCUGGUCGGUGUCACCUACUGCUCAGGUCCAAUAUCCAGCGCACUGGUGAACAGGUUCGGCUGCCAGGCGGUGACAAUAAUGGGCACGCUCGUUGCGAGCGCCUGUCUGCUGGCCAGCGUUUACGCCAAGGACUUGACUGUGCUGUAUUUCACAGCUGGCAUCGGAACGGGUUUCGGCUUCGGUCUGAUCUAUCUGCCCGCCAUCGUGAGCGUGACGGUCUACUUCGAGAAGUACCGAUCGCUCGCCACCGGAAUCGCGGUCUGCGGAUCCGGCCUCGGCACCGUCGUCUUCGCGCCCUUCAUCUCCUACCUGAUCAGCGUCUACGGAUCGUACAAGUCCGCGAUGAUGAUCCUCUCCGCCAUCGUGCUCAACUGCGUCGUCCUGGGAAUCAUGUUCAGGCCCCUCGAGCCCGUCAAGUCGUCCGAGUGCAUCCCCCUCAAGGAGGUGAAGAGCAACGGAAGGACGAACUUGCAGUCGUGCGAGGACGCGAAGCUGAGUCUGGACCGUCGCUCGAGCAUGGGCGCGCCGAAGAAGUACUCGAACGCCAAGUCGAGCGACAACUCUUCCAGCAACAUCCGCCUCGCUCUCAGCCAGCCGAUCCUGGCAUCGAAGGAUGGACAGCAGCAGAGCGAGCCCUUCCCAAGGGUGUCCUGUGGCAGCGGCGUGAUGAACCGCUCGGACGUUUUCCUGCGCAGCAGUAUCCACAGUAUCCGCAAACGCUCAGAAUCGCUAACGAACAGCGAGGAGAACAUGCGAUUCCGGCUGUCCUUGAGGAGUCUGCCGAACGGUGCCGGUCACCGCGUGGUCGACGUUGCCGAGUGCGAGGACGAGAACGAGAAUCCCGGUAUCAUCAAGCGGAUGCUGCAGUUGGACCUUCUGCGGGACCCGGUUUUCAUCAUCUUCAGUCUGUCGAACUUCUUCACGAGUCUCGGAUUCAACGUGCCCUACGUUUUCCUGGUGAAACAAGCCGAAACCCAUGAUAUAGACAAAGAGACUGCCAGUAUGCUGAUAUCUGUGAUAGGCUUUGCGAACACGGCCGGCAGAAUCGUGCUUGGCUACAUAUCCGACAAGCCAUGGGUCAACCGACUGUUCAUUUACAACGUGUGUUUGACCGUCUGCGGCCUGUCUACUGCAUUUAGCCCCUUCUGCACCGACUUCCUGACCCUCGCUAUCUACAGCGCAAUCUUCGGAUUCACGGCCGGAGCUUACGUCGGCCUCACCUCGGUAUGUCUCGUCGACUUGGUCGGACUGGAUCGUCUGACGAAUGCCUUCGGUCUCGUACUGUUAUUCCAAGGAAUCGCCUCUUUCCUCGGAGCUCCUAUCGCCGGAUAUCUCCGCGACGUGACAGGGUCGUAUGAUCCAGGCUUCUCCGUCGCGGGAAUCAUGAUCGCAGCCAGUGGACUCAUGCUGUUCGUCGUACCGCCUCUGCAGAGAUGCCUGCUGAAGAAGGAGGAGAAGCAGCAGAGGAUAGAGCCAGUUGCCUAGUUCGAAUAAGAUCUAUUUUCCUACCUUUACCAACCUGUGGACGUUAUUUCCGCCCACCUGCCUGCAAAAGUCCCGAAAUCGUCAAUUAACUUUGAUCCACUUGGGCACAACUAAUUUAAUGCAAAAUUAUUUUUGUUUUUUUUUUAGUUUACGUUGAGAAUACAUUUGUUUAUCGUUAAGAGUAUAGACAUACGGAUAAACUUUAGUUUUUUUAUUAUUACAAAAUAGUUAAGUAUACUAGUAUACUGUAAAGUUGAAGAGCGAUUCGUUUGAAUCGGAAAAGUUGUUAUACUAUUGUAUCGCUUAGAUAUAUAUAUAUAAUCUGGUAAGAAGUAGUUUUAUAUUUUUACUAUAAAAGAUUUACCAUGUAUAUCGUUAUCUAAGAUGCCUACGUAUAUCGAACGUAAUAUGCAUUAAUUGCAAGUGCGUAAUAACUCUGUGAUAUAAAAGAAAGAAAAACGUCAAUCCAAACGGCAUAUACAAACAACAGAAUAAAAAGAAACUGGAAAGCUGUACGCUCUCAUUUUAUCGAGAUGAUAUGAAGAAUAUAUAUAUAUAUAUAUAUAUAUAUAUUUUUGAUCUUUAUCAUCGACGAGCGAGCGUAUAUCGAAUACGGUUAUCAGAAGUACGUAUAUAAAAUAUAGUUUAAGUACACAAUUAUGUUAUAAGAUGAGAUGUAAGCGCAAGCGCCGUAGUUUGUAAUAUCGUGUAAAUGGGAAUAUUUUUCAUUUUGUAUGGUAUGGAUGCAUUUUCUAAUAACGUUAGCUACUCUAUAUAUGUGCAUAAGUUUUGAAACAUACAGACCCGAAUAAUACAUAUAAAACGAUUGUUACAAAA